AGCUGCUGACGCAGAUCAUCUUAUCACGCAAAUUUCCCCUGUUGCAACCUAAACCUUUUUCAUUUGAGUUUGAUACCUGCUAGUUCCGAAGUUUUAUUGCAAAACCUGCUGGUGCACUUUUGGUGAUUUAUAGCAUUCUUGUUAUGUCGUAGUUGUCGAUAAAGAAUAGUAGAGGUUAGAAGUUCUUUAGCUACAUCAGACGUAGUUGUAUUGCUCAUGAUGAAUUGAAAACUACAUGCUGCCUCAACAAUUUAUGGUGCAGCUUUCGUUGAGGUUGAUGUUGUUUUGAUGUAGGUCGCGAUUAUCUUCUUCGAAUCAUGUCGAGUUGUAUAAUUAGGAUUAGGAUUAGCAGUGUGUUGUUCACGUGGCUUCUCUGUUCAUCGUUGUUGUUGUUCUACUUGCUCUUCUCUGUCAUUCUAGUGUCAGUCUUUAUCUUUGUUCCUUAGCUAAUAUGGUUUCGACUUCGGAACAUCCACACUGCCUUCUUGACGUUGAGUCUUCUUUUUCAUCAAAACGUAGUUGAGGUUGCGUGAGAGAGUGUGGUCUCAACCACCUUUUUUGUUGUGUAAUUACAGCAACUAUCAUACGCUCGCCUGAGGACGACUACAACUUCCGCAGUGUUCUACUACAUCAUCCGGGGCGGGUGACCGUCGUGGGCGACAAAGCCUACUCGUUCGACCUUUUUUAGUGGCAGCUCAUAACACCUGAUGAGGAUUGGGUGAGGAAGCCAUUAUUUUCGCUGCUGCGGUUCCGCCUUUUUUUAAGGCCGCCACUAUCAUGAUUCACUUCUUAGGUCCCUAUCAGAUGUUGAGGUUGUUUGACGUGGUAGUUCUCAACCUCGGCUCUCCUGCUCAUUGUGAUGCCAAAUUGUCUUGCUGUUCACUGUGUACUUUAGAUUCCACCAGGUCUUUCACGUGUACUUACAGUAUUAUCACGUUGUAAGAACAGCUUUUUUACUGAGUACUACAACUAGAAGGACUAGGACAGCGUCAUCUUCAACAUUAUCUGUGCAAGAAGUACUUCUACGCGUAAAUAUUCCUCGAGCUGUGAAAAUCUGCACCUCCACCACCUCUAAGAAUCGCUUUGUUCUUCUUUGUUUCUCUUUUACCAAGUAGAAGCAAGAAGAUGCGCGACCCCUUCUUCGCGACAACGCCGGAGCGUCUCCUGAUGCGACCUGACCCCGCAGUCAGGUGGUGUCGGAUCUGCGACAGUGGUCAGUCCGACUGAGCUUCGCGUCUACAGGGGGACGAUAAGGAUUACAAAGGAAGAUGUUGUUUAGUUUUACUAUUGUAGGUAGUUCUAGUUGUUACUGGUAGCAAACCACCACAGCUCAUCAAAGAAGUGAACGUGAAGAUGAAAGGUUAUUUUUGACAAGAAUUAUGAUCAUGACUCAUAUUCGUUUUUGAGAAAUAAGUAAUCAAAGUUCUUGUGGUGGUCGUCGUGGUCGUCAAAAUUUGAAGUUUUACUACAUCAGUCGUACCAAUGAAUACCAAAAGCAACACAGCGACAAAAUGAUCCUGGUCAUCGAUAAGUCAUCCAUUCCGAUUAGCUCAUGAUUAGUAGGAAGUUUUUGAUGAAAUUUUUAUGGUCGUUUUUCCAACAGUUGUAGGUCCUCAUUGUGAAUACUAGUAACUAACAACUAUUUGCUUUUUCCUGCUUUGAAAAGGAAAAUAUGAGUAAUUUUUUGAAAACCGUAGUUGUUUCCAGCAUUUAGUAGAAUAUAGUUGUUAGCACAAGAAUCUUCUAAAUGAAAUAUACUUGCUUGUGUAGAAGUCUUCUGCUUUCUUUCCUAGUAUCCCCGUGAAAUGACUGUCUGGAGUGUAUGACUAAUAUGAUAACGCUAAUACCGGUAUUACCUAAAUGAUCCAGAAUGAUAAAAUGCUGACGUCUUCUGUCGUGUGUGGGUGUCUUAGUGGCUCCCCAGACAGAUUCUCGAUGUGGGUGGCUGCAUCCGAUAGUCUCCUGACUAGAAGCUAAGUAGGAUCUCAGGUAGAUGGCGUGCUCGUUGCAAUUGCAUCGCUUUGAUGUUGUAUAAAAUAUGUUAACUCCUCCUUGAAGAUGUCAGUCUCAGUUGUUACAAUUGAAGUUUGAAUAAAUUUUAGAGAUUUGCUCCUGCACCUGCUCGUAGUUGUCAUCAUCUUGAUCUUCAUCGAAGUAGGAAUAAGAAAGCAGUUAGCUGAUUUAGCUCACUUCUUCAGGCAAAGGCAAACGCAACUCACAUUCUGUACUGCAAAUGUUUUGAAGUUAUCAUAAUCGUUGGUCAAUUAAAUAUUGUUCUUGUAUUUAAUUUAUGAAUUAAUGUGGUCCCACGCCCACCGUUGCCGUUCCAGCCACCGUCGUGUCGGUUGUAAGUAGAGUUUAGGAUUGUCCAUGGAGCAGGUCAUGUUGAAUAGAUAAUCGAAGUCUUGAUGUAGCUACUAGAACAGUUCUAACUUUCAGUUCUAUGACAAGGAGGCUUUCUGUUGAAUACCAAGAGUCGUGUUUUUGGCUCUUCAGCAGCCACCGACGUCUGCUAGUUUUCCUGGUGGGCCCAAACCUUAUCUAACCUAACCUAACCUAACCUAACCCAGUAACAACGAGGGGGGUAUAGCUAUAUUUUUCUAUAUCCGUCUGACACUGGGUGGGGUGGGCGUCCGCAUCAGUUGGAAGAAUUCACCGGUCCGGUUAGUCACUGCUGUUGGUGAAAUAAGUACGAAAAGUUUCUUUCGCAGUGGUUGGUCGAGGCUGUUCUCAGAGGGUUACAACUGAAGAUUGGCUCCGCCUUUCACCAUGCUGCCAUCAGUUUCCAGCACUUCCGCGCCAGCGGGUAUACUUAUUUAUUAUACAAAUUGUUACGAAUAUGAAAUCGCUUUUGCGCUUCUCACUCGAUUGGCCUUAAAUCUGGGGAGUUAUGGCAGUUGUGUCCUGCUGUGGCCUUGGUUGUGGGGGUUGUGUCCUAAGGUAAGGUGUGGAAGUUGUGAGCUAAGUCGUAUGAAGCAGCCUUCGGAAAAAGUCGCGCUUUAUUCUUUGGCCGUUCGAAUUUGAACACCAUGAGACUCCGAAAAAUCGCGUGGGCUUUAUGGUGUUCAAAUUCGAAUAGCCCGAGAGUGGAGCUCGGCCCUUUCGUAUGAUUUCCGUCUGCGCACAACUCGCCACAACUUUCACAACUUCCACAACUUUUUAGAAAACAGCCGCGACAACUUAUGCCACAACUCCCACAACUCUUCAGGGCGCAACUUCCACAACUCUCCGCAGCUUAAUAACAAAGCGCAACUUUUUCGUACAGUUUGGACUUUCACUUUCUAAAAGUGUUCUUGAACUCUGUAUUUCUUUUCACUCAAUACCACCUGAAAGAUAAUCUUCAAUAUUGCAACUUUGAGUACAAGAAAACUAUCGCUUUUUACUUUUCGUUUUUUCAUCUAAAAAACUCUCAGCAGGUACAAUUACAACAAUCUAUCAUCUCCAUGUCCAGGGGCUUUCGCUGCAUAUGAACGCAGUGGAACUCCGAAGCCACCCCAGGAGCAUCUUGUCUUAUCUCGUGGCAAUUUGGGGGAUCACAUUGCUUUUAUUGGUGACGUCCAUGGUUGUGCGGACGAGCUUGAGGAGCUUAUCCGGAGGUUGCCACCACGAACGUCGAUCGUCUACGUUGGAGAUCUCGUUCAUAAAGGUACAAGAACAACUAAUAGUGUUGUGACAGUGACAUGAACAACCUCUUCAUGAUGGAAAUGGAUCUUGAUGUCCUAAUUGAGAGUCUUCAUCCAGGAACUACUUACAACUCAGACGAUCAUCUAUCUUCUUUUUACCUCUAACGUCAAAACUUCAUCUUCAGGUCCGCGCUCUGCGGAUGCAAUCAAAAUAGCGAAAGCAACUGGUCUCUGCGUCCGCGGGAAUCAUGAUGACUCGUUCCUUGCUGCAUACUAUCGGACAGGAAAAUACGAGAAUAAUAUCUCGGAAUACCGUUUCCCAGACCUUCUUCCGCAAGUAACGGAAGAAGAAGCAGCAUGGUUAAGAGACUGUCCGUUGAUGGUAUUUUUAGUUUUUCUUUUUUGAUGCUUUAGAGGUUUACCCAAGUCAAGUCGUGGACGAGGGGACCUAGUGGGCGUUGAAGAAUUUCUAGUCAAGCAAGGGGCCAGAGAUGAACUAGUCAAGCAAGGAUGGACGAGCCAGAGAUGAACACCAGAAUUACGUACUUUCCUUAAGCAUCCAACAUCGAUGACCCUGUUGAUCCUUAACUUCGUCAGAUCUCUUUCCCACAUCUGAACGCUCUGGUUGUGCAUGCUGGUGUCCUACCAGACCGACCCCUGGAGGCACAAAAUCAUGGCGAUCUCUUGUGGAUGCGUGACGUAGAUACAACACGCACUGCAGUUAUGCCGGAUCGACGUGUAUUUCUCAUCAUCAUCCUCGUCAAUAUCAUCGCCCAAGGCCAACAUAUCUUUUAUCCUCGUGGUCGACUAGCAUCGACAUUUUUUUUAUGGAGCAUGGUAUUCUUUACUCACCUACACUUUCGUGAACCUCCAAUCUUCUAAGUAAAACAAAGAGCCCAGGAGGACUCUGGAAAAGUCUACAGAGACUUCCAUAGCAUGGACGAAGGCCUAUGUUGCGGACUGCAGUAUCCGACUACCACUACCUCCAACAGCCGUCACGGAAGAGGAGCUUGCCACAGCUUUGCAUGAAAAUAGUUAUGCUGUUGUCUUGUAGAUUGCUCACGUUCUUGCAUCUACUUACUUGAUCUUCUUUCGCAAGGCGGAAGCGAGGAUCAUGUCAUCAUGUACUUUGACCUAGAGCAUAGGAGCGAAUCGACAACUUUCAAAAACAAUCUCCAACAAUAUCUCUUCAGAGGAGGAAUCAACGCAACUGAAAAUGGACCAUUGCUUGCGAACAAAGUGUCCAUGUUCAACUUUCUUCAUCUAAUUCCGCUGUGGAGCUUCGCCAACAUCGACUGCUUAUUACCAAAACUCAUGGGCAGUGUCCAAGUUGAACUUGUCCGUUCCUGGAGGUGGUCACCCCUACUACCCCUGGCGGCGCCUUAGCACCACCAGUACUUCUGCGGGCUCCUCCAGUCCGGAUCAUUUUCUCUCGCGCCAUUCUUACAACCUUGGACACAUCACACCGCCAAAUGUACUACUUGUUCCGUUUUUAGUCAUGCCUUUUUCAGCGAAAGAGUACAAAGCUAGGAUUACUCGCUUCUAUGUGUUCAAUACAAGAAUCAGUAGGAAAUGAUAUGACAUGCAGAAUAUCGUAUGAAGAUGUUGUUCAUGUUCUCAUCAUCAAGCGCUACUUACUUUGAAGACGGGAGUUUAGAUUUGACUGAGACUGAUCAAACUACACCAGACUCCUGUAAACUGGCGAGAUGGUCUGCGUUGGUCUGGUGCAGCGAGUCGUAGCAGCAGCACAGCAACUAGCCGUAAUCGCCCUGCCUCUCCCGGGUCCGCACCAAGACCACCUGUUUGCCUGUUUCCCACGCCAGCACACCAGCGGCCAGCGCGGCCGUCUGCUGUACUCAGCGCAGCAGUCGGAGGCGUCGGAAAUGGCAAUAGCGGAGCGAGCGUCCCGAUGUUCGGUAUCGAGCAGACUCACCCUUCUCUCGGUUUACAGAACUCAUCUGAAUUAGUGCCUGUCCAACGGGACCCGGAUGUAACUAGUACAAUUGAACAAGAAGUAGGUGUAGCUGUAAUUGGUGUUACCUGCUCAUCAGCACCAGAACAAUUACUAGUAGCACCAAGACGAGGUCGAGGACGAGCCGAUCCUGAUUCAGCUUCACCUCCAUCUGUAGCUGAUGACAUCCACCACAUUGGUAAACAUACAAAUCCAAUAGAAGGCCAAGGCGAAGAUGAGGUCCAUGAUCUUGAUCUUGUACAACAACUUCUCGGAGGUGAAGGUUGCCAACUACCACAUCAACAUCACGAGCUUCCACCACAUGUGAUUUUUGGGCACGACGCAGUCCGAAAGUUGCAGGAAGCUGAAUUUGCCACCGGUCUCGAUACCGGUGCCUGCUAUGGCGGUUUCCUCACGGCCCUCCUCGUGUCCGCUGACAAUUUUGCUGAUCGUCGAUUUGUUCAAGUACAAGCGAAGCGAGCAUAUGCACCAAAACUACUACAACAACAGAAUCUUCAAGGCGGUAAAGACAAGCGACAAGGCCCUCCGAGUGGCGAAGUCUCAGCUUAUUCAUCUGCAGAUGAUAAGGUACCACAAGUACGACAAGCACAAGCUUUCUCAGCAAAACAAGACAAGAUUACGACUGCUCCUAGCACGACCACUGCUGCUCCUCUUUUUUCGUCUGCACUAGGACCACGACCACCAGAUGAGAUGGCCAGUGCUCGCUAUCCAAUCGACCGCUUUCUUUGGGAUCCAGAAAAAGAAACAUGGUCGGCCUCGGCAGGUUCACGAACAUCUGCGGAAGACGUGAACAUGUAG